GCGGUAAAGUGAGGUUGUUCUGCAGUGUGUGGCGAUCCGGCUUUUGCAUUUCUCCAGUGCUCUCCGUGCUUCUUUACUGGUUCUUUGGCUUGGAUAGAAUCGACUGGGUCGGAAGAAUGUCCGGGGAUAAAGAGCAGGAAGAAAUCCCCAUCGACAAUGGCCUGGAAGAAGAUUCGCUCGCUGCGUCUGCGGAGAAAACCUCGUCGAAAGCUUCAGUGGAUGAGGAUCAAAUUGAGAAUCUGAAGAAAACCAUGGAGCUUCUACGCAUGAAUCUUGCCGCCCCCUCUGGUCCGGCAAAGAGUAUGGCACAGGCGUCCGUGAAAAAAUACGAUUUUUGGAACACUCAACCGGUACCGAAACUCGAUGAAACCAUCACCACGAAUGAACCGAUAGAGAGCAACAUAUCGAAAGACCAGAUACGGAAGGAGCCUUAUACUCUGCCCGCCGCUUUCAAAUGGGAUGAUGUCGAUCUGAACAACGACGACCAGCUGAAAGAGCUGUAUCAGCUACUGAACGAGAAUUACGUGGAAGAUGACGACAACAUGUUCCGCUUCGACUAUGCUCCGGAGUUUCUCAAAUGGGCACUGAUGCCUCCGGGAUGGCUACCCUCUUGGCAUGUCGGGGUUAGGGUAGAGAAAAGCAACAAACUCGUUGGAUUCAUAUCGGCUGUUCCUGCACAUAUCCGCAUUCAAGACAAAACCGUAAAAAUGUCGGAAGUGAAUUUUCUCUGUGUUCACAAGAAGUUGAGAGCGAAACGUGUGGCUCCCGUAUUGAUCCGGGAGAUCACUCGGCGUUGUAACAUCCAGGGGGUUUUCCAAGCGGCUUAUACGGCGGGUGUCGUCUUACCCAAGCCUGUGGGCAUAUGCAGAUACUGGCAUCGGUCACUGAAUCCGAAGAAGUUAAUAGACGUCAAAUUUUCGCAUCUCACGCGGAACAUGACGAUGCAAAGAACGCUCAAGCUAUAUAAAUUACCCGAUCAGCCAAAAAUCGCGGGUUUCCGGAAGUUCAACCCGAAAACGGACGCUAAACAAGCAUUCAACUUGUUGAAUGAAUAUCUCAAUAAAUUCGCGUUAGUCCCAAUCUUCACACAGAAAGAGUUCAUUCACUGGUUCACACCGAGAGACGGAGUCGUCGAAAGUUUCGUCGUAGCAUCGAAAGCCGGAACGGUGACUGAUUUCGUGUCAUUCUACUCCUUGCCAUCUUCUGUGAUGCAUCAUCCGGUCCAUUCAACUCUACAAGCUGCUUAUUCUUUCUACGCGGUGGCGAAUUCCGUGACUCUGUGCGAACUCAUGAAUGACGCUCUCAUUGUUGCCAAGAACCGCGGUUACGAUGUUUUCAACGCUUUAGACAUGAUGGAAAAUAAGAGCUUCCUUGAGGAGCUCAAGUUUGGAGUGGGCGACGGGAACCUCCAAUAUUAUUUGUACAAUUGGAGAUGCCCACCGAUGAAGCCAGAAGAGAUCGGCCUCGUGCUGCAAUAAAUCUACUGGGUACUCGGGUUUUCGCCUUCUCCCGCUCCUAAGCCCAUCUCGGAGUCAAGGAUCGGGUAUUAUAAAAAUCGUGGCUUCGCUCAUGGUUUCUCGAGAGCAAAGUUUACGUUGAGGAUUAUGAAACCAACAUAAUGAAUAAAUCAUUAUACCUUA